CUCUUCUCCCCGAUCACCUUUGACUCAAGCUAUACAUCAUGGGCGACGCACUCGUACACAAGGAGCAUCUGCUCGUGGUCUUCUUCCAGCCCAUCUCCCCGCAAUUGCUCGAGACUAUCCAGUCCAAGUUUCCGGAGGCUGAGGUCUCGACGCUGUCAUUGCCUCGAGGAGAGACGAUUCCUAGUGAACAUGCGCGAAAAGCCACAUUGCUAGUGACCUUCACCAAUCUCCCGAACCCCGAGGAUGCGCAAAAUAUCAAAGUCAUCCACUUCCUCUCCGCCGGCCUAGACCACUCCCUGCACCAUCCAAUCCUCCGAGAAACCGCCAUUCCGGUAACCACCAGCUCCGGCGUCCACGGACCCCCGAUCGCCGAAUGGACCGUCAUGAAUUGGCUCGUCGCCUCGCGCAAAUACGCAUACAGCUAUGAGAAUCAAAAGAAGCAUCACUGGAGUGGCAUCAGCGAGUACGUGCAGGAUAUUCAUGAUCAUGUCGGCAAGAAAGUCGGGAUUCUGGGGUAUGGGAGUAUUGGGCGACAGAUCGGACGAGUCGCCUCUGCCCUCGGCGCCAGCGUAUAUGCCUACACCGCGUCUCCGCGCCCCACGCCGUCCUCGCGGAUCGACAACGGCUUCAUCGUCCCCGGCACGGGCGACAAGGACGGCACGAUCCCUGUCUCAUGGCACCACGGGACGGACAAGGCGUCUCUGCACGACUUCCUCUCUCUCGGCCUCGACCACCUCGUCAUCUCGCUCCCUCUCACCCCGCAAACCACGCACUUCCUCGGCGCCGAGGAGUUCGCGCUGCUCAGUGCGCGCGCCACACAGGGCCAUCCGAAGCCCUACCUGACGAACAUCUCGCGCGGCAAGGUCAUUGACCAGGAUGCGUUGAUCAAUGCGCUGAAGGCGGGUGAGUUGGGUGGUGCUGCGCUGGACGUGACGGAUCCGGAGCCUUUGCCGGAGAACCAUUCGUUGUGGGACACGCCGAAUGUGCAGAUCAGUCCGCAUGUGAGCUCUCUGGGGGUAGAGUAUUUCCCGAGGUCAUUUGAUGUGUUGAGGGAGAAUGUGGGUCGGUUGGAGAGGGGAGAGGAUUUGGUGAAUGAGUAUAAGAGGGGGAAGGGGUAUUGA